AUGCAAUCUCACUCAGCACCCUCGUCCUACCUCUGCCUACUUCUCUUGCCAUGCCUUCUUCUCUCGCAACAGGCCACAUGUGCAGCGCCGGCGCGCCAUGCAGGCAUAUCACUGAGGUCCCAGAAGAUGGCCCUCCUCCACUGGAAGUCCACACUUUGGAGCCCGUCACCGCCACAGAUGAGCUCGUGGCAGGAAAACACCAGCCCAUGCAACUGGAGAGGCCUCACAUGUACUUCUGUUCACCAUGGCCGCCCCAUGCCCUGGGUUGUGACUGGCAUCUCCAUGCCAGGUGCAGGCAUCCAUGGCAAGCUCGGUGAGCUCAACUUCUCGGCUCUCCCAUUCCUCACAUAUAUUGAUCUCGGCGGCAACAGCCUCCAUGGUCCAAUACCAGCUAAUAUCAGCUCCCUGUCAUCACUAUCGUAUCUUGACCUUCAACACAAUCACCUCACAGGAGAAAUACCAUGCGAGAUUGGUCACCUACCGAGUCUCACGACACUUCAAGUCUCGCAGAACAUACUCACAGGCUACAUCCCUCCAUCCUUGGGUAACCUAACAAUGUUAACUAUGCUUAUCAUUCACCAAACCAUGAUCUCAGGUCCCAUUCCGGAGGAGAUAGGAAGGCUUGUCAACCUUCAGGGUUUACAGCUAAGCAACAGCAGCUUAACCGGUGGCAUACCAAAAAGUCUCGCAAAUCUGACCCAGCUAAAUACACUCUACCUGUUUGGUAAUCAACUGUCAGGCCCUAUUAUUCCAGAACUAGGCACGCUAGUCCAACUGCAGAUUCUCGGUCUUGGCACAAAUGAUUUGUCAGGUCCAGUUCCACUCUCCGUAACCAAUCUCACUAAGAUGAACUCACUUUAUCUCCAGAAUAAUCAGAUCACAGGUUCGAUACCUCAAGAACUAGGUAACCUAUUAAAUCUACAGUGGUUGGGGAUGUAUUCCAACCAAAUCUCUGGCCCUAUUCCUGCAACUUUAGGAAACCUCACAAACCUACUAGGGCUAGUCGUCCAAGAAAAUCAGCUAACGGGUUCCAUCCCGCAUGAACUUGGCAAUCUGGUGAACCUACAAGUAUUUGUUUCUUAUACAAAUCAACUUUCUGGGUCAAUACCCAAGUCUUUGGGAAACCUGCAAAACCUGCAAGUGCUGCUCCUAUACAAUAACCAGUUAACAGGAUCAGUUCCUCAUGAAUUCGGGAAUCUCACAGGCAUAUUUGACCUUGGGUUGAGCAAUAACUCACUUUCGGGACCUUUGCCCUCCAACAUAUGUGAGGGUGGUAAUCUUCAUACACUAGUUGCCGAUUCAAAUAUGUUGAGUGGCCCAAUACCAUGGAGCUUGACGACAUGUAAAAGCCUGGUUUGGCUCAACCUUGCCAUGAAUCAGAUAACUGGAGAUAUUUCUCAACAAUUUGGAGUGUAUCCAAACCUCAACAGAAUAAAUUUGAUAUCCAAUAAGCUCUUUGGACAUAUCUCUCCAAAUUGGGCUGCAUGUGCCCAACUAGAGGUAAUAAACCUAGCAGAAAAUAUGAUUACGGGUUCCAUACCCACAGCUCUGUCCAAAUUGUCCAAUCUGGCAUUACUAAAACUCCAUUCUAAUAAUCUCAGUGGCGAGGUUCCGCAAGAGUUAGGCUCUCUGAGAAAACUAUAUAAACUUGAUUUGUCAUCGAAUCAGUUAUCGGGAUACCUACCUUCACAGCUGGGAAUGCUGAGCAAUUUAGUAUACCUGGACAUAUCUGGAAAUAGUCUGAGUGGAUUAAUACCUGAGGAACUAGAGGGUUGCACACGUCUAGAGUCCUUAAAUGUCAGCAGUAAUAAAUUCAGUGGUAAUUUGCCAGGUGCUAUUGGAAAUUUAGCAAGCCUGCAGAUAUUGUUAGAUGUGAGUAACAACAACCUCAGUGGCACGUUACCACGACAACUUGGAAAAUUGGACAUGCUAGAGUUUUUGAACUUAUCCCGCAAUCAGUUCAGUGGAAGCAUUCCAUCCUCCUUUGCAAGCAUGGCGAGCCUUUCAACACUCGAUGUGUCGUACAACGACUUGGAAGGACCACUCCCGUCAAUCCGUCUACUUGAAAAUGCUUCAGCAAACUGGUUUCUUCACAAUAAAGGUCUUUGUGGUAAUUUCUCUAGCCUGCAACCUUGUUAUUCAACUCCAAUAGUAGCUAGUCAUCAUAAAAGAAAGCUACUUAGUUUGCUCUUGCCCAUUGUUCUCAUUGUGGGUCUUGGCAUUCCUGCUGCAAUUGCUGUCACAACAAUUCUUAUUCGUAAGAAGAGAAAACUACAAGAAAGCGGUACUGCUGAAGUACGGGACCUAUUCUCUGUUUGGAAUUUUGAUGGGAGGUUAGCAUUUGAGGAUCUAAUAAGGGCAACCGAAAAUUUCGAUGAUAGAUACAUCAUUGGAACAGGAGGAUACGGCAAAGUAUAUAAAGCAGAACUCCAAGAUAGGCAGGUAGUUGCCAUCAAGAAGCUUCAUCCGACUGAAGAAGAGUUGAAUGAUGAAAGAAGAUUCCGUAGCGAAAUGGAAAUCCUAUUACAGAUCCGACAACGAAGCAUUGUCAGAUUCUAUGGAUUCUGCUCUCAUCCAGCAUAUAAAUUUCUCGUCUACGACUACAUUCAGCAGGGAAGCCUCCGCAAGGCCUUGGAAAACGAGGAAUUAGCAAAGGAAUUGAAUUGGCAGAAGAGACUUGUUCUUGCAACUGAUGUGGCUCAGGCAAUAUCUUAUCUGCACCAUGAAUGCAGUCCACCUAUAAUCCAUCGAGAUAUCACAAGCAACAACAUCUUACUUGAUACUACCUUCAGGGCCUUUGUCUCAGAUUUUGGCACGGCAAGGAUUCUUAAGCCCGAUUCAUCAAACUGGAGUGCACUAGCAGGAACAUAUGGCUACAUAGCUCCUGAACUGUCGUACACAUGUGUCGUGACAGAGAAAUGCGACGUCUAUAGCUUUGGCGUGGUUCUGCUGGAGGUGGUGAUGGGGAAGCAUCCAAAGAAUCUCUUAGAUGGUAGCUUGUACAGUGGUGAACAAUCUAUGCUGGUGAAAGAUAUUCUGGACCAACGGCCUACUGCACCGAUGACAGCAGAAGAGAAAAACUUGGCUCUCGUCAUCAAGCUGGCCUUCUCUUGCUUGGAAUCUUCUCCUCUAAGAAGGCCAACCAUGCAAGAGGCUUACCAAACACUUACACAGCGACCCUCUUCUGGUUCGGUUCACUUGCCUUUCAGUGUACUUACAUUGCAGCAGCUCACGGAUGCAUGCUGACAAUUAAACCUGCAUCACAUCACAUGCACUUGCCCCACUCAUCUAUAAAUAGGCAUCGGUGUGUCAUUUACAUCAUAAAACUCCGACAAACAAUAGCCUACAGCUAUCUCAAGUGAAGUGAGCGAGAUUGGUCAAGAUUAGAGGAGAGAGCUAGGCAAUUGAGCAAUGACGGAGAA